GCCACAGGGGAUCAUGGACAUCGAAGCAUAUUUUGAAAGAAUUGGUUAUAAGAACUCUAGGAACAAAUUGGACCUGGAAACAUUAACUGACAUUCUUCAGCACCAGAUCCAGGCCAUUCCCUUUGAGAACCUUAACAUCCACUGUGGGGAACCCAUGGAGUUGGGCUUGGAGGCUGUUUUUGAUCAACUUGUGAGGAAGAACCGGGGUGGGUGGUGUGGCCAGGUCAAUCAACUUCUGUACUGGGCUCUGACCACAAUCGGUUUUGAGACCACGAUGCUGGGAAGCUAUGUUUGCAAUGUUACAACUGAAAAAUACACCAGAGCUAUCAUGCACCCCCUGCUGAUGGUGACCCUGGGUGGCAGGAAGUACAUAGUUGAUGCUGGGUAUGGAAGCUCUUACCAGAUGAGGCAGCCUCUGGAGUUAAUUUCUGGGAAGGAUCAGCCUCAGAUGCCGUGCAUCUUCCGCUUGACAGAAGAGGGAGGAAGGUGGUACCUGGACCAAAUCAGAAGAGAGCAGUACGUUCCCUCAAAGGCAUCUGCAGUGAAAGAAACCAUCAACAAAACAAAAAGGCAAGCAGCCUAG